AUGAAAGAAUUUAUAGUGAAUAUUAAUCUGAAAUUUAUUAAAUUAUCAGGUAAACAACUAGCAGGAAUUUGGCAUACAGGGAUAGUUGUCUUUGACCAAGAAUAUUUUUUUGGGUCUGGAGGAAUUGACAGUUGUCCUCCGUGUGGAACUGUUCUAGGAAAUCCUGACAGAAUUAUUGAUCUUGGAACCACAGAAAUUCCACUUAGCUUAUUCCUUGAAUAUCUAUGCAGCUUGGGAGAAUCCACAUUUAAACCAGAUAGUUAUGAUUUAUUUACACAUAACUGUAACAACUUCAGUCAAGAGAUAGCUGUUUUUCUAACUGGAAAAUCUAUUCCACAAGAAAUUUUAGAACUACCAAAUGAAGUAUUAUCAACUCCUUUAGGAAGUACGUUAAAGGCUUAUUUGACUAAUCUCAACAUUCAACAAAAUCAUUCAUUGGAUUUUCCUGAAGAUACUAGACAUAUUGAAAAUUAUAGCCAAUUAGAAAACCAUCAGGAUGAUCUCUCUGCUUGCAUGAAAUCAGAAUUAAAUAUCACCACUGAUCUUAAUCCAGCAAAAAUAUUUGAUGAUGAUAAUAUGGCAGAAGUAGUAAAUAGUUUAAUUUCAAAAUUACCACCAAAUAAACUUGCAGAAAGUGAGCUGCUAAGGAAUUUGGCAAAUUAUUCAAAAGAAAACAGAGAUAUCUUUAAUUUAGAAUUAGUACAUUUACAAGUACUUGGGAAUUUAUUAGACAGAGAAGAUACGUCAGAAAUCCAAAAAUUGAUUCUACAAAUGUUGCAAUCUUUAGCAUUAUCUAAUAAAUUUGUAUUAUUGUUAAGUGAAGAUAAAAACAACUUUAUCAUGAAAUAUAUUUUUCAUAUGAGUGAACUGCCAGCUGAUUUACAAUUAGAACUUUUAAAAUUCUUAUGCAAUUUAUCCACAAUUGAGGAAAGUUUUAAGUGGUCUAUGUCUGAAAGGAAGUGGUCCUAUUGUGACAGAAAUCUAACUAAUUGUAAAGUAACAACUAAUGCUGUUGUGGAUAGUUUAUUGAGUGAAUCUUCAGAAUUGCAAAAUAUGGGAUCAGACUUUUUAUAUAAUCUUUCAUUAAAUAAGAAACUUGGUAAUAAUACAAUCACUGAAUUAGCUACUGCAGUUUUGCAACUUUUACAAGCAGAUUUAUCUGAAGAAACAGCAUAUAAUUGUUUGGCAGCAUUCUCCAAUUUUUUAAAUUCUCCUGUGUUCAUUGAUAUUUCGGCAUUGGCUGAAGUUCUAGAAUCAGACUUUCAGAAAUUUCAACACCAAUCAGAAAGAAAUAGAGAAUUAGUAAAUUUUAUUCUAGAAAAACUAUCAUUUAAAUAGAUUCAGAUAAAAUAUCAAUUCCAAUUUACCCAGUUAUUCUUUUAAAGAGAAAGCAACAAUGAACAGAUUACAUAUAUCUUCUCUACAACACUUUCUCAAUGCAUAAAUCUACCUGAUAGAUUGUUUCAUAAUCAAAAGUACUCUUUAAUCAAAUUUAUUAUAUCAGUUCACUCACUGCAGCUUUAAUCUCAUUACAAUUAUAAACUCUAGCUUACAGCCAUAUUCACAACUAAGGGUUAAGAGUUAGAAGUUAAUCAAUGAGCAAUUAUUUAUUGUGACAUCAGGCUGCAAGUUUUAAUCAUAUUUUUAACUUAUUUAAUUUAAAAUAUAUGUUCUCCACCUCAAAUUUGUAGUGUCUUGAUCCUGUAUAUUAUAUUUUUCCUGUUAGCAGUAGUGGAGCCAAUUGGUCAUCUCUCUAACUCCUUUCAGGUGAAAAUUUUUGAAUUGAAAUAACAUGACUUCCGGUUUACAUCAGAAGUUCGUAUAUAGUUAUUCAGAGCCUCCUGCCCCUAAACUUUUUAUAUCUGAUCUUGACUUUCAUCUAUCUAACUCUGUUCUCGAGAUUAAGGAAGCAUGGACAGACAGUAGGGCAGACAAAAGUGGGAAUUUAUAGGUCUACAAUUUUUUCAAAUUUUAGUCCAAUAAGCAUUUAUAUACUAAAGUGAAUUGUAAUUGGUUAACUUCUAACUCUUGAUCCUAGGUUGUGAAUACAGACAUUAGAGAUAAAAUUUUGAUCUCGUAACUCAAAUACAGAUAAUUUCUUAAAGAUAUUCUUCAAAUAUUGCAUUUUAUGUACUGCAGUUAAUGACAUCUUCUGUCUUCACUUCUUGUACACACUACAAAAUAGUUUUAUGACAAUUUGAUAAAAGCAGAAAACAUAUCUUUGUCUGUAUAAAAGACAAAGGUAUGUUCUCUGCUUCAAAGAUCUCUGCUCAAAGAUCUUUGCUUUUCUCUUAAUCAUGAGAACAAUCUAUAAUAAUAGAUUUAGCUUCAUUUAAUUGAAAAUUUUGUAGAUACAUAUCCUUUCUCUAUACUCAUUAUUAAGCCAGAUGGUUGCAUGAUGUGGUAUCAGCUUACCAAUUAGGCAAAUUUGGGUUCAAACCCAGUUCAAAUUCCCAUAACUCACCACUGGCAAUGUGGAUCAGGGCCAUUGUUCCCUAUCCUUUACCAUGCUGUUCAACCUAUUGUGAGUCAUAGAUACUCAUAAUGGAUGUAUUGUGGCAGCCAUAUGGCCUUAAAGUGCUGAUGUCUCAUAUUAAUCUAAUCUCUAUUGUUAUUUAUAACUAGAUAAUGAAAUCAUUCAGGGAAAAUUUAAAAAUUAACUAACUAUAUAAUGAAAUUAUAAUUUAAAAACAAAAGUUAAAGAUUUUUUAAAAUGAUGAGAUUAAAUUGUUAUA